AUGCGUCGUGCUCAAAACGUCAACAAGGAAGGUUUGGAUCUUAUUGAGGGAUUUGAAGGUUUCUACCCUAAUUUUUACAAAGAUCCAGUGGGCAUAAAAACUAUCGGCUAUGGUCAUGCAUGCCACGUUCAUGAUUGUAGUAAAAUUCAGGCUCCCAUCAGUCUCGCUGAAGGAGAAACAUUGCUCAAAUCGGAUUUAGCCGUUUUCGAAUCAUGUGUUGAGUCACUCACUCGGACUAAUCUAAAUCCCGAUCAGUUCUCUGCCUUGGUUUCAUUUACCUUCAACCUUGGUUGUGGUGCUUAUCAAAAAUCCACAUUACGUAGGAAGCUUAACGCUGGUGAUACCAAAGGUGCUUCCUUGGAAUUUGCAAAAUGGGUCUAUGGUGGUGGGAAAAAAUUGCCCGGUUUGGUGAGACGUCGUAAUGCCGAAAGGGAUUUAUUUUGUAAGAGUGGUGGCUGUUAA